AGAGAGGAAGUCAAGCAUUUAGACAGAAGGAGUUUGUUAAAGCAGGGAAAUUUUGCGCCUGGAGAGAAGAGAAAGGGGAACACUUCCCCCUCUACCCUCCCCCUCGUUCAUCCUAGCUUUCCACUCCAGACCUCUGCGUGUGUGUGUGUGUGUGUGUGUGUGUCUAUGGACAACGGAUCGACGAUGCCCACGAACGGAAUUAACAAAGCCUUGAAGCUGCAGUUUGGCCUCAUCAACCACGAGAGCCGUUACCUAACGGCCGAGGCCUUCGGCUUCAAGGUGAACGCCUCGGCCUCCAGCAUGAAGAAGAAGCAGAUCUGGACUCUGGAGCAAGAGGACCAGGACACCCAGGUAGUGUUCCUUCGCAGCCACCUGGGCCGCUACCUGGCCUCCGACAAGGAUGGUAAGGUGAGCUGCGGGGCAGAGCAGCCCGACUCGCCCGGCUGCCGCUUCCUGAUCGUGGCCCAGUCGGACGGCCGCUGGGCGCUGCAGUCGGAGACAUACCUGCGCUUCUUCGGAGGCUCGGCUGACUACCUGUCCUGCUUCGCCCAGGCCAUCGGGGAACCCGAGCUGUGGGCCGUCCACCUGGCCCUCCAUCCGCAAUCUAGCCUGCUCAGCGUGGCGCGCAAACGCUACGCCCACCUGUUUGCCCGGGAAGGAGAGAUCUCGGUGGACAGCAACAUCCCCUGGGGCUCGGACUCCCUGGUCACCCUGGUAUACCUGGAAGGAAAGUACUUCCUGAAGACGUGCGACAGCCGCUUCCUCAGCAACGACGGGAAGCUGGUCAAAGAGAACACCCCCACCACCAGCUUCACCCUGGAGCUCAAGUCAGGCAAGCUGGCCUUCAAGGACUGCGAUGGGAAGUACCUGACACCCAUGGGCCCGACCGGCACGCUGCGCUCAGGCAGGUGCUCCAAGCCUGGCAAGGAUGAGCUGUUUGAUCUAGAGGAGAGCCACCCACAAGUCAUUUUCCAGGCAGCCAACAAAAGAUUUGUCUCCGUCAAACAAGGUGUGAGCAUUUCAGCCAACCAGGAUGUGGAGACAGACAUGGAGACCUUCCAGAUGGAGAUUGAUAAGGAGAGCAAGAAGUGCAUGUUUAGGACCAACGGCGGUAACUACUGGACACUGGUCUCCCACGGAGGGAUCCAGUCCACAGCCACGGAGGUGGAGGCCAACACAAUGUUUGACAUUGAAUGGCUCGGUCGCAGUGUAGCACUGAAGGCAAGCAAUGGGAAGUACGUGUGCACCAAAAAGAAUGGGCAGCUUUCAGCCGUCAGCGAUUCCGUAGGUGAUGAUGAGCUCUUCCUGAUGAAGCUCAUUAAUCGGCCCAUGUUGAUCCUGCGAGGGGAGAACGGUUUUGUGUGUCAUCACAAGAGCUCCAACACGCUGGAUGCCAACCGAUCCGUCUAUGACAUCUUCUUACUGCUUUUCAGCGAUGGCGCCUACCACAUAAAAAGCGUAGGUGGAAAGUUCUGGUAUGUCUCCAGCAGCGGCCUGGUGUGCUCAGACGGAGACAAGCCUGAGGACUUCUUCCUGGAGUUCCUGGAGCACGGGCGGGUGGGCAUCAAGGGCAAGAACGGCAAGUACCUGCGCGGGGACAGCGGCACGCUGAAGGGCGAUGCUGCUACCGUGGACCCCUCCUGUCUCUGGGAGUACUAA